AUGUCAGCAGGACAGAGGGUUUCGUUUGCCAAGGAAAACGCUCUAUAUUACAAUUGUCUAAAACCUGGUCAUGGGGUCAGGAAACGCAAAUCGACGUUCAAGUGCAGACAAUGUAAAGGUCAGCAUCACUCACUGUUGCACCUGCAACGCACGCAACAGGCUAUUGGAACAAUCGCUCAAACUGGUGAGGAUCAGGAGGAUCCUAGCGCACACUCAACGGUGACUACGAGUCACAUCGCACAAGCAGAAGGUUCUACAGCAAUUGUAUGUGCACAAGGCACCGCAAAUAUACAACAAUCAACUGGAUGGAACAGGAGCACCUUACCCACGGCCAUGGUAAACGUUCGCAACGCAAAUGGAGAUUUGGUGGCAUGCCGACUCCUAUUGGACACGGGUUCAGAACUGUCGUACAUAUCUGAACGCUGUAUACAAACACUUGGUUUGGCUCGUACGCCAUCACGCAUACUGGUUACGGGAAUUUCUUCAACCAAAGCAGACACUACAAGGGGAUGCAGCACUAUAAGCAUCCAAUCCCGUAUUUCGCAAGAUCAGCUGGUAGUCCAGUCUCAUGUGCUUGGAAAGAUUACAUCAUCAUUGGAAAGGCAGACCAUCGAUGCGUCUGUACUUCUAGUUUUCAACGAUCUGCAAUUGGCAGAUUCGCAAUUUAGCACGAAUGCCCCAAUUGACAUUCUUUUGGGCAGCGAACACGUUUGGAGUGUUAUAACUGGGAGAAAGAUCUACGACGACAAAGGAAAGCUCAUUGCUAUAUCAUCAAUUUUCGGAUGGGUAAUUACAUCACUGCUUUCAUCACGCGCAUGCAGCGCAACGGCUCUUAAAACAACAAUAGACAUCGAUGCUUAUCUCAGAAGGUUCUGGGAACUGGAAAGCAUACAACGCAAAGCAGAAGUUCAACCUGAAGACGAGGAGGUGGAGAAACACUUUCUUGCAACACACACUCGAGACGAACAAGGCAAGUACAUCGUGGAACUUCCGUUUAAAGUAUCGGAAACACAAUUCGCAGAUACACUUCAAGCAGCGCUGCAGAGGUUCAAAUCAGUUGAACGACGUUUGGCACAAAAUCAACAAUUAUGUAACGACUACGUGAAGUCCAUGAGGGAAUACCAGGAGCUAGGACAUAUGCAAGAAAUCUCACCGAGCGAAAUUCCCAAGGGUAGGAAUUUCUACCUGCCACAUCAUCCCGUAUUGGGUCGGAAACUUAGAGUGGUUUUCGACGGCUCAUAUCGAGACGCCAAAGGCAUGGCAUUAAACGACACGCUCUCGAUCGGACCGACAGUCAGAGUGCUAGAGCAACUCGCUGCUGACCAUAAGCACGAGUUUCCGAACGCAGCAAAAAUCGUGUUGGAGGACUUAUAUGUCGACGACGUUCUCACUGGAGCAAAUAGUGAGGAUGAGCUGCUACGCAACAGGGACGAACUCGUCCAACUGAUGUCCUGUGCUAACCUAGAGCUCGGGAAAUGGGUAUCGAAUACCAAAUGCAUCGAAUCGGAGGAUAACCCGAAUUCCUCACAAUCACCAGUCAAAGUGCUAGGGCUGCAUUGGCACCCUGGAGAGGACACAUUGUCGUACAAUGUAAACCUAUCGAAAGACCCUCGCUGCACCAAGAGGCAAGUGUUGACGGAUGUCUCACCAAACAACUGGCUCAAAUGGCGAGCUGAUCUGGACAACCUUCACAAGCUCCAGAUACCGCGCUUAGUUAAAAGCGACAAACAGAGAAUCGAAUUGCACGGGUUUUCAGAUGCAUCCACCAAGGCGUACUCAGCGGUGGUAUACAGCCGAGUGGUUAACGACGAUGGAACCAUUUCGGUCGCCAUACUUGCUGCAAAAACAAGAGUGGCAUCUUUGAAGCAGCAGUCUUUGCCGCGCCUGGAACUAUGUGGCGCACUUCUAUUGAGUCAACUUCUGCAAUCCAUAAAAGCUGGACUAAUGAACAAUGACGUAACGAUCUACGCAUGGAGUGAUUCGACGAUAGUCCUGUCAUGGUUAUCGUAUUUACCAGCCCAACUCAAGACGUUUGUUGGGAACCGCACUUCAGAAAUCCUCGAAACCAUCUCGAAGCAUGCAUGGCGGCAUGUAGACUCAAAAUCGAACCCAGCGGAUUGCGCAUCCCGUGGCUUGGGAGUGUCCGAGCUCAUUGACUUCCAAUUAUGGUGGAAUGGUCCUUCAUGGCUGAGGGACAAGGAUCAAUUCUUGGUGAAAUUGAACAAUACUCACAACAGUACUUCUCUUUCAGACAAACGCAUACAAGAAGAAGUCAAAAGUAACUGCCUAGCUGCGCAGACGACUGUCACGACGGACAACCCAUGGGAUAAGCUUCUCAAUCGCAACUCAUCUUGGCUGAAGCUUAUACACACACUUGCUUACGUUUUGCGCUUCAUUCAUCGCAUGAAGCACCCAUCUUCGAAACAAACAUCGAACUCUCUAACGUUCGAUGAGAUCAAGGCAGCAAGGAUUCGAUGGCUGCAUCACGCUCAAAAUGGUUUUCAACAGGAGAUCCAGUUACUACGCGCAAACAAGGCUCUAGGGAACCAAUCUCCAUUGGUCCAGCUCUCACCAAUCAUCGACAAAGACAACCUGCUAAAAGUGGGUGGACAAAUCCAACCUUUGCAGUUGUCAGCAGAGGCGAAGUAUCAGAAGCGUCCUAGGUGGACCACGACAACCCCUAACAUUUCAAUCGGCAGCGUUGCGCUCGUCAAGGAGUCCAACACACUACCAUCAUUAUGGCAUCUAGCGAAGGUGAUCGGCACUUUCCAAGGAAAGGACAAUAUGCUUUAG